AUGACACCUCAUCAGUGGGAAGAAAACAGGCGGCAGGCUGUAUAUACCUCAUUGUUCGAUAACUUACUUUACACGCAUACAAAGACAUUGCAUCGAUCUCAGAUCCAGCCGUCAGGUACAGUCAAAAGCGGCCUUUCAAAGUCAAGUAAUUCAACAUCAAUCGUUUCAGCCACUCAUCGUCCUCACCCAUCAAAUACUCUACUCAAAAGCAAUCUCCCAAAACCCCAGAAACCAUUCCCAUCAAGCAACCCUUCCCCAACGCAUCACGACGCAGCAUAUCCCUCAAUCCAACCAAAAGCAUCACAACCCUCCCCAAUCCCACAAAUCACUACAACCUCACCACCACCACCCACCACCGCUCCUCCAAACCCACAAAGCGAGCGAUCAAACGCACGCACUCCAACAUCCUCGCCGCCAUAUCCGACCCCGGCUUCCAAAAACCCCUCGACCACCUCACCCCUCCCCCUCGACCACGACGACCCAAUAACCAUCGAGCGCACGCUCCCAUUCUUCAACACCGCCGGAUCGAUCCGACCAAGCGAACCCGCCCGUCCGAACCAUCUCCCAUCCCCACGCCAAACAAACCUGUCCACUCCAUCGCGGAUAACGUCGCAAAGGUCUCCCACUCCGAUCGCACGUCGUGAGGCGCCCCUGCGCUGUACGAUACAUACCGGCGACGUCGCACAUAGCUAG